GGUGCUUUACAAUAAAAAUACAGUGUUAAGAGCUGGAAGAAUGAGAAAACUAUUUGCAUAAUAAUUUUGCUGUUAGCUUCUGCUGCUUAUCAACCCUGGAAAGCAAGUGACAAUUUUUCCUUCUGAAGAGUUUGAAGCACUGCCUGAAAAACUGAAUUAUUUGCUUCAUUUCUUUGUUGCUAUAUUAUUCCAGUAAUAUUUCUGCCUCCCAAGUUUCUUGACAACAAAUAAACAUAAAAUGAUGAAGGGACGGUAGUAGCUGGAAGAAAUGUGCUGAGAUAUCCAAAUUGCUGAACUGAGGUUUGGUAGUUCAAACAUUGCCUGAAGAGCCAUGAAGAGCUGUUUCCUCCUGGUUGCUGCUUUUCUUCUCUGGCCAAGCUUCUCUUCUCAAAAUGUAUGUGAAGAACCAGAUGAAAUUGACUUUGGAGAAAUUGUGACUACUGAGAAGGUCAAGUACCUGGAAAACGAUCGAGUACAAUACAGGUGCAACCCUGGCUAUGUCUUGGAAGGACCUGAAUGGAUUCAGUGUAAGGAACAAGAAUGGACACCACAUCCACCAAAAUGCUUGGCACCAUGCCGUAUCACAAGGCAACAGCUAGCAGCAAAAAAAUUGUUUGCAUUUGGAGGUCAGAGAAAAACUCAGUUUAUUCAAAGUAAUCAUAGCCUGCAAUUUCAGUGCAAUGAAGGAUAUGUCCUUGUGGCUCCAUCUGUCAGAAAGUGUGUUGACAGUUACAUGGAGUUGCCUUUAUGUAUCUCUGAAAGAGGGCAAAACUGCAGUGGUCCACCCAGGACUGAGAACGGAGACAUUUCUACUUUAUCUGAGAAGCAAUACAGAUCUGGCUCUUCAGUAGAAUUCAGAUGCCAAAAAUAUUAUGCCAUGGAAGGUCAGAACAGAUCUUUCUGUGACAAUGGGACCUGGACAAAAGUGCCCAUUUGCCUCGAUCCCUGUAUGAUUCCCAAGGCUGAACUGGAAAGGCAGAAGAUAGAAGUUAAAGAUGGAAUGGAUGCAUCUGAAAAUACAUUUGUUCAACGUGGUCAUUCUAUUGAGCUCACCUGUAAAACAGGAUAUGUCCUUGCAGCAAAUGCUUCCCAAUCAGCUUCUGUAAUCCAUUGUAAUGGGACACCACCUGUAAUUCCUAAUUGCAAAGCAUAUGAUUUAUUUUGUCCAGAAAUUACAUGCAACUCUCCAAGAGUAUUGAAUGGUUCUUUCCGACCUAUUAAAAAUAUAUACCAUGAUGGGGAUUUAAUUCGAAUACAGUGUGACAGUGGAUUUAUACUUGAAACAGAUUAUGGAGGAAAGGUGGUUGAAUGCACAGAAAAUGGAUGGUCACCUUCACCAAAAUGUGUCUUCGAAAUAACUUGCCAGGCAGAUUAUAUUGAACAUGGAACCAUAUUAUCUCCAAAGGUCAUUUAUAAGGAAGGUGAGAGAAUACGAUUCUCCUGUAAUGAAGGAUACACAUAUGUUGACAGACCAGAUGCCUUAUGUACUGAGACUGGAUGGAGUACAAUACUUCAGUGUACAGAAAUUCAAUGUCCACCUCCACAAAUGAGGAAUGGCCUCUUUCGACCUUACCGAUCUCAAUAUAUGUAUAAUGAUGCAAUUGAGAUAUGGUGUUCUCCUAUGUCAAAUUUUGGAAAUAAAUUUUCUAAAUGCACUGCUAAUGGUUGGAGCCCACCUCCUCUCUGUUAAGAUUUAAGACAAUGAACAACAGCAGCCCAUCUGGACAUUAGUAAUUAUGGAUCAUUCUCUUUAAUAACAGUUCAUGAAACUUCACUGUGAUCUCUGGAUUGUCUGUAACAGUUUGCAAUGGAUAAAAGCCUACUUUCUAAAAAAUUACAUUUUAGUACUUAGUAUUAUUGAUGAAAUGAUAAUGCAGUUUUCAACAAAUAUAUUGGUCAUCUUUAUUAUAAUAUAUGAUAUACAUUUUUCAAAAUGUACCUGAAGUCAAUCAUGCAUACCUUUAUGUAUAAUUUUUUAGCCAAAACAUUUGAUUAAGGAGAAUAACAAAUCAUCAGCCCUUCUUAAAGUAGUGACAAUAGACAAUAGAUCAUUGAAAAUAUUUUAGCAUGAAGUGUUGAUUUCAUUACAUAAAUAAAACUCAUCUGUAAAAAUCA